ACAUCGACUGGAAUUGAUGUUGCUGUGGUGGGCAGUAAUACGCAUUCCUUGACCCAGCAAGCAAGCAAGCAAGUACAUGUAGCCAGCCAACCAACCCCACUAAAACAAUUUCAAAGACCAUCCACACCACCGCUCUCUCCACCAGACUUCUUCCGUCAUCCACCACCCACUCCACUCUACCACUCCGCUGCCGCCGCCGCCAUGUCUGACAAGCUCACCCGUAUUGCCAUUGUCAACAGCGACAAGAAAUGUAGGCAAGAGUGCAAAAAGUCCUGCCCCGUUGUGCGCACCGGCAAGCUGUGCAUCGAAGUCGAUGCCAGCUCCAAGAUCGCCUUCAUCUCCGAGCGCCUGUGUAUAGGUUGCGGUAUCUGCCCCAAGAAAUGCCCAUUCGAUGCCAUCAACAUCAUCAACUUGCCCACGAACCUCGAGACCCAGGUCACCCACCGCUACUCCGCCAACAGCUUCAAGCUACACAGGCUUCCCAUGCCCCGCCCCGGUCAAGUCCUUGGUCUUGUUGGUACAAACGGUAUCGGAAAGAGUACUGCCCUGAAGAUUCUCAGUGGCAAGCUCAAGCCCAACCUCGGUCGCUAUGAUAACCCACCUGAUUGGGAGGAGAUUCUCAAGUACUUCCGUGGUUCUGAGCUCCAGAACUAUUUCACAAAGGUUCUCGAAGACGACCUCAAGGCUGUUGUCAAGCCGCAAUACGUCGAUCAGAUUCCUAGGGCUAUCAAGGGUCCCGACAAGACAGUUGGUACUUUAAUCAAGGGCCGUUCGCAAAUGGACAAUUUGGAUGAAAUUAUCAAGGUUUUGGAACUUGAGCACGUCUACGAACGUGAUGUUACUCUUUUGUCCGGUGGUGAGUUGCAGCGCUUUGCCAUUGGUACCGUCUGCGUACAGAAAGCCGAUGUCUACAUGUUCGACGAACCUUCUUCUUUCCUUGAUGUCAAGCAGCGUCUAGCGGCUGGUCGCAUGAUCCGAAGCUUGCUGCGCCCGGAUGAUUAUGUCAUUGUCGUCGAGCACGAUUUGUCCGUUUUAGAUUAUCUCUCCGAUUUCAUCUGCGUCUUGUACGGAAAACCUGCCGUGUACGGUGUCGUCACUCUUCCCGCCUCUGUCCGUGAAGGUAUCAACAUCUUCUUGGAUGGUAACAUUCCUACGGAGAAUUUGCGUUUCCGCGAGGAAUCUCUACAGUUCCGCAUUGGCGAGGCUGGCGAAGAGUAUAUUAUCGACAAGUCAAACGCCUACAGCUAUCCCACCAUGGAGAAGACCAUGGGCGAUUUCCACUUGACAGUCGAGAAGGGACAGUUCACCAACUCGGAAAUUCUUGUCAUGAUGGGUGAGAACGGUACCGGUAAGACGACCUUCUGUAAGAUGUUGGCCGGUGCUCUGCAACCCGACGGCGGCAAGAAGAUUCCGCCCAUGUCUGUCUCCAUGAAGCCCCAGAAGAUCACGCCCAAGUUCACGGGUACCGUCCGCCAGCUCUUCUUCAAGAAGAUCAAGGCUGCUUUCCUCAGCCCCCAAUUCCAGACCGAUGUGUACAAGCCUCUCAAGAUGGACGACUUCAUCGACCAAGAAGUGCAGAACUUGUCCGGUGGUGAAUUGCAGCGUGUCGCUAUUGUGCUCGCGCUUGGUAUGCCUGCCGAUAUCUACCUCAUCGACGAGCCCAGUGCGUACCUCGACUCCGAACAGCGUAUCGUUGCUGCCCGCGUUAUCAAGCGCUUCAUCAUGCACUCCAAGAAGACUGCUUUCGUCGUCGAGCACGAUUUCAUCAUGGCCACUUAUCUCGCCGAUCGUGUCAUUGUCUUUGACGGUCAGCCUGCCCGCGACGCAAAGGCCAACACCCCUGAAUCUCUUCUCACUGGCUGCAAUAAAUUUCUAAAGAACCUCGAUGUAACGUUCCGCCGUGACCCCAACUCGUUCCGCCCGCGUAUCAACAAGUACAACUCCCAGCUUGAUCAAGAGCAGAAACUCGGUGGCAAUUACUUCUUCUUGGAGGACGAGGCUUGA